GUUUUAAUUUCAUUAGUUAUUAUGAUCCUCUUUAAAGCUCAUUCCCUCAUCAACUCCUCUUCUUCAUCUACCCCGCCUUCGUCUUCGCCUUCUCCAUCGCCGUGGUUUCUUUUGCCAUGGCUAGCCUCAAUAUUGCUCCAUUCCCUGGCUCUGAUGAGAAUCGUCCCCCAACCAGGCAAUCAAGAGCAAAUAUAUGCAGAGUAUGUGGAGAUGGUAUAGAAGUAAGAGAAGACGGGGAGGCUUUCAUAGCAUGCCAAGAAUGCAAGUUUCCUGUCUGCAGGCCUUGCUAUGAGUAUGAAAGGUGUGAAGGCACUCAGUGUUGUCCUCAGUGUAACACUCGCUACAAGCGCCUUAGAGGCUCCCCAAGAGUUGAGGGUGAUGAGGAAGAACACUUAGAUGCUAAUGAUUUAGAUGAAGAGUUUGAGAAUAAGAUCAACCCACAACAUCUUACCAGUCAUUCUGAAAAUGGGGAGUAUAACCAACAGCAAUGGCAUGUCAAUGGUCAUCCUUUUUCUUCUUUUGCUGGAAGUGUUACUGGUAAGGAGCUUGAUGGGGAGAAGGAUAUGAACGGAAAGGAUUUGGACAGUGAUCAAUGGAAGGAAAGAGUAGAGAAGUGGAAAACCAGGCAAGAGAAGAAAGGCUUAGUUAGCACCUACGAAGGUGAUCAAAAUGAUCAGGCUGAAGAGGAUGAUUUCCUGACUGCUGAAGCGAGGCAACCACUGUGGAGAAAAGUACCAAUUUCAUCAAGCAGAAUCAACCCAUACCGUAUUGUAAUUGUCAUGCGGCUUGUCAUCCUUGCCUUUUUCCUCAGGUUCAGGAUAUUAACCCCAGCAACUGAUGCCUACCCAUUAUGGCUCAUCUCUGUGAUCUGUGAGACUUGGUUUGCGUUCUCUUGGAUACUUGAUCAAUUCCCCAAAUGGUUUCCCAUCAACCGGGAAACUUACUUGGAGCGACUUACAUUGAGAUUUGAACGCGAGGGGGAGCCUAACAGUUUAGCCCCAGUUGAUUUCUUUGUUAGUACUGUGGACCCACUUAAAGAGCCACCCAUCAUUACAGCCAACACUGUCCUAUCCAUCUUGUCUGUUGAUUAUCCAGUUGAAAAGGUCAGCUGCUAUGUAUCAGAUGAUGGUGCUUCAAUGCUUCUGUUUGACACACUGUCUGAAACUGCUGAGUUUGCGAGGAGGUGGGUCCCAUUUUGUAAGAAGUAUAACAUUGAGCCUAGAGCUCCGGAGUUCUAUUUCUCACAGAAAAUGGAUUAUUUGAAGGAUAAGGUCCAAGCUACAUUUGUCAAAGAUCGGAGAGCCAUGAAAAGAGAAUAUGAAGAGUUCAAGGUCAGCAUCAAUGCUUUGGUGGCACAAGCACAAAAGAAACCUGAAGAAGGAUGGGUUAUGCAAGAUGGAAGUCCAUGGCCAGGGAAUAACACACGUGAUCAUCCUGGCAUGAUCCAGGUUUAUUUGGGAAGCGAGGGAGCUCUAGAUGUGGAAGGUAAGGAGUUGCCGAAGCUAGUGUAUGUCUCACGUGAGAAGCGACCUGGAUACAAUCACCACAAGAAAGCCGGUGCAAUGAAUGCAUUGGUUCGGGUUUCAGCAGUUCUUACAAAUGCACCAUUCAUAUUGAACCUUGACUGCGAUCACUACGUCAAUAACAGUAAGGCUCCAAGAGAAGCUAUGUGCUUCUUAAUGGAUCCUCAGUUUGGCAAGAAGCUUUGCUAUGUCCAGUUUCCUCAGAGAUUUGAUGGUAUUGACAGACAUGAUAGAUAUGCUAACCGCAAUAUUGUGUUUUUCGAUAUCAACAUGAGAGGCCUAGAUGGGAUUCAAGGGCCAGUUUAUGUUGGUACUGGAUGUGUGUUUAACCGGCCAGCUUUGUAUGGGUAUGACCCUCCAACAUCAGAAAAAAGGCCGAAGAUGACAUGUGACUGUUUUCCCUCGUGGUGUUGUUGUUGCUGUGGUAGGAGAAAGAAGACCAAGUCAAGGAAUAAUAAAGGGAUUAAGAGCUUGCUUAAUAAGUUAUAUAGCAAGAAGAAGAAGACAAUUAUGGGGAAAAAGUACACGAGAAAGGGCUCUGCACCUGUCUUUGAUCUUGAAGACAUUGAAGAAGGACUUGAAGGUUAUGAAGAGUUGGAGAAAUCAUCCCUCAUGUCUCAAAAGAACUUUGAGAAAAGGUUUGGUCAGUCACCCGUCUUCAUUGCUUCUACACUCAAGGAAGAUGGGGGUGUUCCUGAGGGGACAAACUCCACUGCAUUAAUCAAAGAGGCCAUUCAUGUAAUUAGCUGUGGGUAUGAAGAAAAGACUGAAUGGGGCAAAGAGAUUGGAUGGAUUUAUGGCUCAGUAACAGAAGAUAUAUUAACAGGCUUUAAAAUGCACUGUAGAGGAUGGAAAUCAGUAUACUGCAUGCCUAAGAGACCAGCCUUUAAAGGAUCUGCACCAAUCAAUCUAUCAGAUCGGUUGCACCAAGUUUUGAGAUGGGCUCUUGGAUCAGUCGAAAUAUUCCUCAGUCGACACUGUCCUUUGUGGUAUGCUUGGGGAGGGAAGCUCAAGUUGCUAGAGAGGCUUGCUUAUAUUAACACCAUUGUUUACCCCUUUACCUCUAUUCCUCUGCUAUUCUAUUGUACAAUCCCAGCUGUCUGUCUCCUCACCGGGAAAUUCAUCAUUCCAACUCUAACAAACUUGGCGAGUGUAUGGUUCUUGGCUCUGUUCAUCUCCAUCAUAGUAACGGGAGUUCUUGAGUUAAGGUGGAGUGGAGUAAGCAUCGAAGACUGGUGGAGAAACGAGCAAUUUUGGGUGAUUGGUGGUGUCUCAGCUCACUUGUUUGCAGUCUUCCAAGGCCUUUUAAAGGUACUUGCAGGAGUAGACACCAACUUUACUGUGACUUCUAAAUCAGCUGAUGAUGCUGAGUUUGGAGAGCUAUACCUUUUCAAGUGGACUACCCUUCUUAUCCCACCCACCACCUUGAUCAUUUUCAACAUGGUUGGAAUUGUUGCUGGAGUAUCCGAUGCCAUUAACAAUGGGUACAGCUCGUGGGGCCCAUUAUUUGGAAAGCUCUUCUUUUCCUUCUGGGUGAUUGUUCACCUGUAUCCUUUCCUCAAGGGUUUGAUGGGAAGACAAAACAGGACACCCACUAUUGUGGUGCUAUGGUCUGUUCUUAUUGCUUCGAUCUUCUCCCUCAUUUGGGUUCGGAUUGAUCCUUUCUUGCCUAAGCAAACUGGGCCUAUUCUCAAACAGUGUGGGGUAGAGUGCUAGCUUAAUCACGUGUAAUCCUUUGCUACCUUCUUUUUAUCUGGCAAACAACAAGUAUGUGUUUCUAUCUUGAAUGUUCAGUAAUUUUGUAAAUAGGGAGCAAGAGAUUCUGAUGAACUCCUGCAAAUAUGUGCUAGCUUAAAAUGUCGAAAAGUAUUAUUCUUUUGGAUUUGUUCUGUGCAGUCUAUACAAAACUUGUUUGAUGAGCAUAUCAAGCACAUAAUGCAUAAUGAAUAGAUAGCAGUUCUAAAAAAUUUGUAGCAUCAUUUCUUAUUAAACUAUCGAGUUGCAUAACACUGAGAAUUCUCCUUUGUACAACUGCAUUUCCUGUACCACCACAUAUUCUAAAGCAUAUUCUAAAGCAAGGUACCUUCUCAGUUUUCAUAUGUAUUUUAAUCUAUUUUUCUGUUCACUUCUUGCUGCGAAACUGAACUUUUCUAUUAAAAAGGUUUCAAAUUUUCAAUUACAACUGCCCAUGAUUAAAAACAUAUCUCAAAUUGAAACUGUUAAUGGGGGGCAUUGCUUGUCGAACUUCCACAUUAAAAACAAAAUCCCAGUACUGUGUACCUCAGUUUUGUGUUAGUUGAAAGCUAAUUAAAUGUAACAUUUCAGUUGCAGACUUGCAGUCUUAGAAGCCUAAUACUCCCUCCGCUUUUUUUUAUUUGCUACAUUUGGGUUUACACAAGAAUUUAGGAGAUGUCAUUUUCAUUCUUUUUUAGUGUACUUUUUGACCCUUUUAGCAUUAAAUAGGGUGGGAAAAGCGAAAAAAGUAGUACUUUUUGGUGGAAAAGGAGGAGAAAAAAAUAUAAUACUAUUACUUUUUGGUGGGCCAAGUCUCCUAAGAAGGAAAUGUAGCAAAUAAAAAAAAGCAACCCUUUUUGGAAAAUGUAGCAAAUAAAAAAAAAAAGCAGAGGGAGUGUAUACAUAAAAACGUACGACAUCAAGUAAAAUAACCGACAACAAAAGCGAAGUCCUUUAGUAAAAUUAGUAUAGCAGAAUGAAUCAAGGAACAAUGAUCAUGAUCAACAAAGACCUUCAUUUACAAGAUUAUUAUUAGUUUCACCUCUCAAAAAAAAUUAUUUUUUCUUCCCCUUCCAUUUAGAUCCUCUUUCAAGACUUUGUUCCUCCUAACCAAACAACUCGAAUAGGUGACUUCUAUUGUGAACAAAGCGAGUAUAUUAUAUAGCAAGAUUCGAGGCAUUGAUGAACAGAUUAUUCAAGCUCUAGUAGUAUGAUUACAGCUUACAGUAUCUAUUUACACAGUACAUACAUUUAGUUUACAAAGUUACAAGAAUCUUGGUCAUGCGAAAUAUCAUAGAUUCUAUGUUGUCCUAGAUCUAAGAGCAUACCAACAGUUAUGAACCCAAAAGGGUCAGAUAAAAGAGAUUCUUCUGUUUGAAACGACAGUUUUUUGGCAACACUGAGCAUGGUUGGUCUUGACUCUGGCAAGUGGCGGGUGCACUCCAAUGCUGCAGCAACUACUACAACAACUUUAGCUUCCAAUUUGGGAGGUGGCAUUUGAAGUCUUUGAUCUAGUAUAUCUAUCAAGCACAAAUCUUGAAUGCUAGAUGAUAAAGCUCCUGAAAAGUGUGAGGAUAAUACCUCACUUGGGCGUUUCCCCAUCAUAACUUCUAAUGCCACAACACCAAAGCUAUAUACAUCAGAUUUCUCAGUCACCUUCAUACUGAAUGCUAGCUCUGCACAUUAAUGUAUUAGACAUGUCAAACACAUAAAAAAAAAGGUAACUGAUAUAUAUUUUGACUUUUUUUUUAGGUGAAUAUAUAUUUUAACUUUAGGUAGAGAAAAGUCAUGAAAUUACAGAGCUUCACCUGGAGCCAUGUAGCCAUAAGAUCCCGCAAUGGCAGUCCAGUUGGAUGAACCAGAGACCAACAGCUUAGCAGUGCCAAAAUCUGAAAGCCUUGGCUCAAAAUCUGCAUCAAGUACAACAUUGUUGAUUGAUAUGUCACGAUGCACAAUUGGUGGAGAGCAGUCAUGAUGCAAGUAAGAAAGUGCAUAUGCUAAUCCUUGGACGAUUUUGAGCCUUAAA